AUGCGCACUUCUCGCACUUCCAGGGACACUGCCAAGGUGCUGGAGGCACUCACACCCCCUAUCCGACGACAGACGCGUAACUCCAAUGUGAACGCUCUGAAAAGUUUCACCUACGACGAAAAUGCAACUCCGACCGUCAAGGCAGAGCCGAAGACAGAAGAUGUCUCCGUAGCGCCCAGUCUGUGUCCCGUCAAAAGCGACGAUGAAUCUUCCCUUUCCGAGGCCGACACGGCCGAUAUCGAAGACCUCCUUGAACCGCCAUCGAAGCGCCGAAAACUCAUUGUGAAGGAUGAGCCCGACCAAAAGCCGCCAGCGGCACCUAAACAAAGACGACUCCCGGCCCGAACAACCCGCGACAUCGACGGCUCUGUUAAGGUCGAGCCCCCGUCCAACUGGGAAACAAUGUAUGACAUCGUGAAAAGGAUGAGGGCAGCCAACCCGACUGCACCGGUAGAUACAAUGGGCUGCUCGGAGCUAUACUGGCGUGCCUCGUCACCAAAAGACCGUCGAUUCCAGACCCUCAUCGCAUUGAUGCUCUCAUCCCAGACGAAAGAUACAGUCACCGCGGUAGCGAUGCAACGCCUUCACACAGAACUCGGAGAUGGCACUGCGCCGGCUGAAGAUAUCAAAAUCAAACAAGAAGACCAAGAUUCAAAACCUGUCGACAGUACCCUCAACCUAGCCAACAUUUUAGCGGUGGAUCCAACGCGACUAAACGAAUUAAUCCGCACAGUCGGCUUCCACAACAACAAAACAAAAUACAUCAAAGCGGCCGCGCUGAUAUUGCGAGACCAGCACGGCGGAGAUAUCCCCUCAACCCCGGAUGGCCUCAUGGCGCUUCCGGGUGUCGGACCGAAAAUGGCUUACCUCUGUAUGAGCGCAGCAUGGGGGAAACACCUGGGGAUCGGUGUUGAUGUGCAUGUUCAUCGCAUUACCAACCUCUGGGGUUGGAAUAAAACCAAGACACCGGAGGAGACGAGGAAAGCGCUGCAGUCGUGGUUGCCAAUUGAAAAGUGGCAUGAGAUUAAUAAGUUGCUUGUUGGGCUCGGGCAGACAGUUUGUUUGCCCGUCAAGCGUCGCUGCGGAGAUUGCGAUCUGGCUGGCUUAAGGCUUUGCAAGAGUGAGAUUCGGGGCCUUGAGCCGACAAUGCCGAAGGUUAAGAAAAGUCCUGAGAUUGAUGAGCCCAAGGUCAAGAUUGAGGCUCUUUGA